AUGCACCGAGUAGCACAAAAUAAAAGACACGAAAAGUCAAAAGAUUUGGAAAAUGGAACUUUGCGGGAAAUAUCUCAAAAUCGUGAGUCAGCAUCGUCAACUUCGUCGUCGCAAUCGAAUGCAACAAAAAUACAACCAACCCUUUUCGAGUCAUUUACUACAAAAUGGGACACAACUGAUUCGCGCGCCAAAGAAAUUCACAAAGCUAUGGCGGAGACGAUCGCGGUAGAUAACAAACUGAUAUCUAUGUUUUAA